AUGGGUGAUAAGAAGCAAACCAAAGUGAAGGUAGUGGUUAGAGUCAGACCACAGUUAAAAGAGAACUCUAAGUGCUGUGUUGUAACAAAUACAGAAUGUGAGAAACCUACAGUUGAAAUAUUGAAUCAUAGAAACAUCAGAGAAAAUCUACUUUAUGAUUUUAGCUCAGUUUAUGAUGAAACGUGUGGUCAACAAUAUAUUUAUAACAACAGUAUUAAAAACCUACUGUCUAAACCACUGAAUGGUGAAAAUAUCUCAAUCUUCGCCUAUGGUCCAACAGGAGCAGGGAAAACGCACACUAUGUUGGGCUCUCCUGCAGACCCUGGUAUGAUACCCAGAGUUAUCAAUGGUUUAUUCCAACUCCUUUCUACUGAAGAUAGGUUACAGUGGAAAUAUACAGUAACCUUCUCUUAUUUAGAGAUAUACAAUGAAAAGGUACAAGACUUAUUGGAGCCUGCGUCAAUAGAUUUACCUAUCAGAGAAGAUGGAGACCGUAAUAUAUUUGUAGCUGGUCUUGCAGAGAAGAAAAUAUCUAGUUUUGAUGAUUUUAAGAAUUAUUUUGGUCCAGCCACUAACAAUAGAACUGUAGCCGCUACUAAAUUAAAUGAUAGAUCAAGUCGUAGUCACAGUAUAGUAAUGUUAAAAAUAAAGAAAUCAGCUCUGAUGCCACCAAAACGUGAAUAUCAUGGCAAGAUAUAUUUAAUAGAUUUAGCUGGAUCUGAAGACAACAGACGUACUGGUAAUCAAGGAAUAAGAUUAAAAGAAAGUGGAGCCAUCAAUAAAUCAUUGUUUGUACUUGGUGAAGUGGUUGAUGCUAUAAAUAACAACCAGCCCAGAAUACCAUAUAGAAAUAGUAAACUGACCAGACUCUUACAGGACUCUAUUGGUGGAUCGUGUCAUUCAUUAAUGAUAACUAAUAUAGCACCAGAAGAACAUUACUACUAUGAUACCUACUGUACUCUAAACUUCGCUAGUAAGAGUAAGAAAAUAGUCAAUACUAAUACUGCUUGUAUCAAACAACUUCAAAAUUCAGGUAAGGUCUUCAUUACUUCUUUCAGUUCUGAGGGUAUUUGUUUGUAA